AUGGCUCGCGACCGUCUUGCCGCAAUGCGGGCACAACGCCAGGGAGGCGCACCGGGCAGCCCACCGCCUGCCGGAUUCGAGAUGGCGGCGCUCCAGGAGCCGAAUAGGAUAGCGCCUUCGAAUGGGUACGAGAAUGGGGGCGGAAAUGGGUAUGGCCAGGCGGUGAGCGCGGACCCUAACGCCGCGUUCUUCAACGAGGUGUCGUCGAUCCAGGACCAGCUGCGCGCAUUGGAUCAACACGUCGCCCGCAUCAGCGACUUGCAUGCCCGUACGCUCAACACUGCCGACGAGGCUGCAGGCCGGCAGAAUGAGGCGCUUUUGGAUGAGAGCGUCGCCGAGGCACGCGGACUCACGCAACGCAUCAAGACUGCUAUCUGGGAGAUUGAGAAGCAGCCGACACCGCCAGGCCAGAAUGCUAUGAUUCGCAAGAACCAGACGAAACUGUUGAGGGAGAAGUUCGUCGAGGCGCUGCAGAACUACCAGCGCGUCGAGCAAGACUACAGGCAACGGUACAAGCAGCGUGUUGAGCGGCAAUUCAAAAUUGUCAAACCCGAUGCCACGCCUGAGGAGGUUCGCGCCGUUGUGGAGAACGAUGGAGGAGGACAGGUGUUCCAGCAAGCGCUCAUGAACACGACCCGGUAUGACCAGUCAAGGAUGGCGUACCGUGAGGUGCAGGAGAGGCACGAAGAGAUCCAGAAGAUUGAGCGCACGCUUGCCGAGCUCGCGCAAAUAUUCAACGACAUGAGCAUUCUAGUCAACCAACAAGACGAGACGAUCAACGCGAUCGAGACUUCCGCACAACAGGUCGAAGGCGACACCGAAGCCGGCCUGCAACAGACGGAGAAAGCGGUUGUCCACGCUCGCGCGGCGCGUCGUAAGCGCUGGAUCUGCUUCGGUAUUUUCGUCUUCAUCGUCCUUGUGCUCGCCCUCGUGCUCGGCAUCUACUUCGGCACAGGCGCGAACAAGAAGUAA